GCAGGAUGAAGUGGCGUUUGCGCUUCCGCUCCAGGACAAUCUGUCUGUCCUUGGCUUUCCUCUCUAUUUUCCUCCACCUCCUCUUGGUGUUUGUCUCUCUCCCCGUGUACCACCAACCCUGUGACCACCCACUGCCUCCCAGGACGCACAUCUUGAGAGACCUGGCAAACACCAACUACUCUGCAGGCAGCAGUGGUCCAGCUGAGCCCCAGACUGAUACCUCACGCAGAGAUUCUUCCACUAAGGAUGCCAAUGAGGACGCCAAAGGUCAUGUGCAGACACUUUCCAACAUGGGAUUAGCAGAGAAGGGAGAAAGGGAUUCAACGAACAUGCCAGUCAGUGUGGGUCGCCAUGGUGCUGACGGAGAGGACCCUGUGGAGUCAGGGCUGUUAAAGCUGGAGGCGCUGUUUGACCAUCCUCUUUACAACAUGCCCAGCCCUCCCGUCCCUGAGGAGGACUGGCUGCUCAAAGUGAAGACGAAGGUCAAGGCUAGUGAGAGGAGCUCCCAGAUGUGGGUGAGUGCCAGUCAAGAGGACUACCUCGACGUCCACUGGAACAGCAGCAGUAACAGCCAUCCCCCCUGGCUACGCUUUCACCUGGGCAUCACCCGGUGGCAGCUGUACCCGCACCGUGACUCCAACAUGGAGCUGCUGACCCAACAGCUCGCCUCGCAUCGCAUCGUCAGCGCAGUGCAGAAGUCUGGAGGGACGCAACUGAAGCUGGUGAUCUCAUUUCCCAACUACGGACAGGCCAUGUUCAAACCCAUGAAGCAGGAAAGAGAUGAAGAAACCAACUACAACCUGUAUUAUUUCUCUGACUUUGAGAGACACAAUGCAGAAAUUGCAGCUUUUCACUUGGACAGGAUUUUGGGCUACAGGAGAAUCCCUCCGGUGGUGGGCAGGCUGGUUGAUGUGGUCAAGGAGAUCAAAGCCGUCACUACUGACCGCAAGCUGGCCCGGACCUUCUUCAACUCUCCUGUGGGCAGUGUGUGUUUCUACGGUCAGUGCUCCUACUACUGUUCCACAGAGCAUGCUGUGUGUGGACGCCCCAGAGACUUGGAAGCCUCCUUGGCUGUCAUGUUGCCGGAUCUUUCAUUGGCGUCCCGUAGGACAUGGAGAUCCCCCUGGAGACGCUCGUACAGCCGGAGCAAGCUGGCAAAAUGGGAGACAGAGCCAGACUACUGCUCAACAGUGAAGAAGACUGCACCAUAUGAUAAAGGCACACGACUGGUGGACUUCAUGGACAUGGUCAUACUGGACUUCUUGAUGAGUAACAUGGACAGGCACCAUUAUGAAACUUUUGAGAAGUUCGGCAACCAUACCUUCCUAAUACAUCUUGACAAUGGCCGAGCAUUUGGGCGUAACUCCAAAGAUGAGCCAUCUAUCCUGACUCCUCUGGAGCAGUGCUGCAGAAUCCGUCGCUCCACCUGGCUGCGCCUACGUCUGUUGUUCCUGCCACAGUAUCGUCUCAGUGACGUCAUGAGGGCCUCACUAUCCCACGACCCCCUUCACAAAGUGGCUCCCCUGCUGUCAGAGCCCCACCUCGCCGCUCUGGAUCGACGUUUAAAAACAGUGUUGGAGACUGUCAAUCGUUGCCUGGAGCGAGCUGCUGAGGAUGGCGGUGGUGAGGAAGUAUUCUAUGACGACUUGAAAGACAUGCUCACUGCUGCUGGGUAGGACAGACUGGACUUCCCUCAUGUUAUGAUAUUUAAGAAUAUGAGCACAUGUCACACCGGCGGUUUUAUCAGUGUCAGAGAUAAGUUCACGAGUAAUUCUAUGGUUUCUCCCAGCUACAGUAAAACACGCUGUAUAAAAAGGGAAACAUGAGUUAGAAGGACUAAAGUUUCAAGCAAUAUUGACACUUCACUGAUAUAAAAUUAUAUAACAAAUUUACUUUAAUUACUGUAAUGUUAUGGGCUUUUUUUCAGAAUGGAAACAUCUAAAGCAGUGUAACAACAUUAACUGGCUUAAACCAACAGAGGCUUAAAGAUCAGUUCAAGCAAAAAGUGAAUUGGUGAAUGCUGAACUCAAUCAAACUUCUGUUGAGCUAGUGUGAGGUAAAGAGGCGGGUUUUGAGCCUCCUAGGCAACAGCUAUGUGUUCCCGCCUGUCAGUCAAAUCAGUCAUGUCCUUGUGUGCCAAUAGAGAAAGUAGCUACUAAGACCUAAACUGUUUGUUGAACCAGGCUGUAAACAUGUUUAUUUCUGCGGCAAAGAUUGUCUUUUUUGAAUUGGUGUGUAUGUAGUUUCUGGUGUUUCUGCAGCCAGCCUCAAGUGGACGCUUGAUGAACUGCAGUUUAUAAGAUAAGAUAGACUUUAUUGAUGCAUCAUUAAGGGAAAUUCUUUUGUCACAGCAGCUUAAAACAUGGGACAGAGCAAUACAACAAUGUACUAACAUAGUUAAAAAUAUAAUAACAAUAAUAAUAGUAAUGAUAAAGGUAAAAUAAAAUAGAAUAAAAUAUAGCAAAUAUAAAACAUAUAUACACACUGUGCUCACUUCUAUCUUAUGAAUAGAUAGUGAAUAUACCACCUCCGCAUGGGCUUCAUAUUUUGAGACUGGAGGUUGCUGCUUAGAAAAAAGGACAUCAUACCAGUAAUAUCUAGAAUUUAAACAAGAGAUCAAACUGGGAAAAUAUUUGUUACAUGAAAACCAAAAGUAUAGACAGGCUACCUUUGAUUUUAGAGUGAAUAACACCAGGAUCCCUGAGGUUACUGGAAGUUUAAAUCUCUGUAAGGAUGAUCAUAAGGAUAACAAGCAACAUAUUUUGUUUGAAUGUAAGAACUUAAGCAUUCUGAGUUAUAGAGAAAGGUACACACCAAAGUAUUAUUUAAAACAUCCAUCUGUGUUUAAAUUAAUUCUGUUAUUGCAAUCAGAUCAGCCAAAAGUUAUUUGCAAAUAAGGAGCUUUUCUGCAGAAUGUCCUUCCAUCGUUUGAGUAAGAUCUGUCGUACUUCAGCCACGCCGCGUGCCAUCAUUUUGUUUCUUGUUAUUUGAAUUGUAUGUUUCAUCUGUGGCUCCAUAAGAUUGUGAUCAUGGUCUGAGUGCCAAAAUAAAAUGAAUGGAAAUAAAAAGUGCACUUCCAACUCAAAGUAUGAUAGUACACAACAAUAGAGCAAAGUGCAUGUUAGAAAUUCAAUGUGACAUUUACAUGACACUGCAACAAUCUCCAAAGUAGUGAGUAAAAUUGUAAAAAGGCAAUCUCUAAUUAUAGUACAUUUUCUCAUACAACAAUAAUACUUUGAUUAACUUGCACACGGCUGAUUUGUGAAUAAGGUGUUUUACAGGUAAUGUCAGAUUUACAUGACUCAUACACAAAUUGACUGCAAACAGAAACUUGAGGAGGUUAACUCUGUUUUCUGUUCCUGUAUUUAAUGACUCAAGGUGGUUUGUUGACACUGCAAUAGCUUAUCAGGGAUAAAUAAGGUCUGGUGUUCUGGCACCAUUUGCAAUGAUAUUUAUAAUAGAGUUAUCUUGUUGGAUUCCUGCCUCUGUGUAAAUCAUGAAGAAGUUGAAGGUUGGUGGAAUUACACUGUUGUUACUGCAGAAAGAGUAAAAAAUGUCAGACCCUCGACA